AUGCAUUUUUUCCUCCCUUUUAUGUUGAGCCUGGUGUGGCUGGCCAACGCUACCUAUAUUCCCCCUUUGACGAAGGCCAAUGCGGCUAAUAUUGCCACUCGUGAUGUUGACGGAUAUCGUUCCGUGGCAUACUUUGUGAACUGGGAUAUCCCCGCCGAGAAACUAACCCAUAUUCUCUACGCAUUUGCCAAUGUCCAAGCCUCUGGUGAGGUGAUCCUGUCGGACCCUUGGUCGGACACUAACAAGCACUACUCCACUGAUUCCUGGGCCGAUACCGGCAACAAUGUCUAUGGCUGUAUCAAGGAGCUUUUCCUACUCAAAAAGAAAAACCGCCAACUUAAGGUUCUUCUGUCGAUUGGGGGCUGGACGUAUUCUUCUAACCUCAGACUGGCCUUUAAGACUGAGGAGGGACGCCAGAAGUUUGCUGACAGUUCUGUCGAGCUACUGAAGAACUUAGGCUUUGACGGUAUUAAUGUUGAUUUUGAAUAUCCUGGCAAUUACAUCGAAGCGGACCAAUUUGUUGAUACCCUACGCCGUCUUCGUGAGGCCUUGGAUUCGUACAGCUCGGCUAACGUAGGCGGCUAUCAUUUUUUGCUUACCACUGCAUCCCCUGUUGGCCCUGCCAACUACCUGAAAGAGCAUCUUGCCCGGAUGGAUCAGUACCUGGACUUUUGGAACCUAAUGGCCUAUGAUUACGCCGGAAACUGGGACAACGUUGCCAGCCACGACGCCAACCUUCACGCAUCUAACAGCAACCCAGCUAGCACUCCCUUCAAUACGGACCAAGCAAUCGAAUACUACACCUCGCACGGAACCGGCUGUACGGUCACAAAUCUGGACCAUGAAGCUGCUAGCUACUGCUACAACUCGGAGUCCCGUUUGUUAAUCAGCUAUGAUACCCCUGAGAUUGCGCGUAAGAAAGGUGAGUACAUCAAGUCCAGGGAGCUUGGCGGUGGUAUGUGGUGGGAGCUUAGCGGUGAUAAGCAAGGUGGUGACAGUUUGAUCACUACGGUUGUGAAUACCCUUGGAGGCACUGGCGCUCUGGACAAGAGCGAGAAUCAGUUGAACUAUCCCAUUUCCAAAUACGACAAUUUGAAGGCUUGCUUCUGA